AUGGUCGGGACCAAGAACACUACGAAGCGUCAAUCGUAUCCCAUGGGCUGGAAGAGCAACCAUGGGCCGGCUGGAACCGGCAACAAGAGCAACGUGUCUGGCAAAAGUGCCUCUGAGCGAGAGAGCGAAGAUGAUGCACUGCCAGCGAGUAGGCUGGGCGAGCUUGAUCGCCGGGGCAGUGGUAUAUUUGUCACGAACGAGUUCAGUAUUGAGCGCAACGAGCUACAAAAGCAAGAGACGGACACAAGGUCGUGCGACCAAGACGGCGAUACGAAUACGGCGGUGAGCGUCAAUGAAGAGAAGCCGGGGGGGAAGAGCCCAUUCUACCAUGUUUGA